AUGAUUCUCUACGUAUGCGUUCCCACAGUUUGUAUUAAACAAGUAAGAAUCAACCCACACUUACCAAUAUCAUCAUUAAACAAGCUAUUCCCACAUUCCCAGAAGAUUUACUUGUACCAAGGUAUCACGUUGGUCCCUCACUUAACCUUUGAAAAUUACUGCAUUUCAGAAGGACAAAACAUCAUUGCUACAGAUGCUUCUUCUAAUAACACCGAUUGGUCGUAUCAUAAUUAUGAGUCGUACUCAGACAAGAUCCAGAUUGCAUUUGAUGACAAAAUGAAACUUGAAUCAGCAAAGAUGAGGGAUAUCCAACUCUCACGUCUUGAAACGAAGCCCACAGCUUUUCGAAAACUUUCUCAAUUAUCUUUGAGCAAAGAAUACCCGGUUUUAGCGCCUGUUAACAAUUCUUCGAAUACUUAUUCGAAGCCAAGUGCUCCUUCUAGCAUUCCAUUGCCAGCAUUUUGGGGUCAAUCCUCAAACAAUCUUAAGAAGGCCAGAACCUCUGGUCCGCUACUUUCUCCACUAGAAGAGAAUGAUUUUGAUGUUUCUAAGCGUAUUUAA